AUGCAGCGGCUGCACUGGGUCAUAAACAGUUCAAACACAAAGGAUUUAGAACGCAGAGAUGGGGAGCUGGAAGAACUCGGCUCCAUACUGGAGAAGACUUACAGUGCUGUCGCCAAAUAUAAACAUGACCUGGCCGAGCUGUCCAAGUGGGAGCGAUACAUGCAAUGCAGCGUGAUACCAGACUCCACGGUGCAGCAGGACGUCAACACAUUCAUCAGCUUGUGGAGAGACGAGACAAGCUGCGACCUCAACACCGUGCUGAAGAAAUGUAACGUGGCCCAGCAGCUGAUGGAGGAACUGGAGGAGCUGCUGAGAAAAGCAGGCAGCCUCAAAGAAGUGAUGACAUACAGGGAGGCUCUCCUCCAUCUGCAGGAUGUAGUCCACAACAAAAUCCUCAACGUGAGCGCGGAGAUCCUGAAGGGGGCCAGUUCCAAUAUCGACACGGAGACGGGCAACAUGCAGGCUGUGAUAAAAGACGACAACAUGACAUUGUGCCUCUGGGCAAACCUCAUGAGGAAUCACAGGUUCAAGUACUUGAACUUCGGGGAGGUGGGCAUGGGCUUUGAGCUGACCAAGCAGCUGGCAGGGAGCGACAUCGCCGUGCGGAUCCUCUACACCCGCUACGACCAUUUGUCCAUCCUGUCCAGGAUGACCCACAUGACCAUGCCGCUGCCCCCCGUCAGCUCUCUCAGCAAGGCGGAGGAGGUUCCACCCGAGCAGGGGGAGGGCAAGGAGAUCCAGGAGGAGGCCAAGGAGAACCAGGAGGAGGCGGGGGCUCAGCAGCAGCAGCAGCAGCAGCAGCAUGAGACCGUGGAGGAUGAGAAGACAACCGCCAAUGAGUCUGAGGGGACCAAGGCACAGAACUCUGAAAGCCACCUGUCAAAAAGCAGCGCCCCACACCCCGAGGAUGGAGACAGCCAGAUCCAGACCCAAAUAGAGACCGUUACAGCCGCCUCCACUCCCCCUCCCCCGCAGGAGGCCGCCGAGGACGCCGGCCCGGACCCCCACGUGGUGGACCUGAGGGAGUACACCACCCUGGGCGGGGUCUUCUACUGCGAAGUUUUCCACCUGCCGCCGCAGGCGCAUCAAGUCAAGGGCUGGGAGAUCCGAAAGCUUCUGGAGGCGGGCCUGCAAGUCUUCCAUUACACCAUUGAAACCUGCGAUCCAACGGAGGAAGAAGACGCCAACUCCUUCCUGGUGGCACUGUCCGUCCCCCUCCCGGACAAUCUUUUCUUCCUGGAACCCCCUCAAGUGGGGCGCUGGCUUGCAGCAGAGAAGCACUGGAGGACAGACGGCAUCAGCGACUUCUGCCUCAACCAGGAGGAGGGCACGCUCUCCUUCAGGAUGGACUCCCUCUACCCGUUUGUGCUCAUGCUGCGCACCUACGCCAACUUUCCCUUCCGGAGCUGGGAGCUGAGGCCGCUGGACCGGGACUCGGCUCGCUUCAGCAUCCAGGGGGCGCUCAUGGACCUCAGCAUCACCAUCAAGGGGAACCAGUGCAUGCUGCAGUCGGAGCGAGACGUGGGCCUGGCGGACCUCUUUGACCGCUGGAUGAGUGCGACCCAGCUGCAGCGCGCCAUGGUCCGGGCCGGGAUCAACGUGUUUGUCAACGAGCACACAGACAAAUUUGUUCCUUCCUGCUGCAAGGAUCCUCUGGCAGAGAACACAGCCUAUGAACAGAUUUCCUUAUUUGCCUCCGUCUGCACCUUCUCCUGGAGCAAGUGGAAUUCCCAGUGUGGCGGCCAGCAUGUCAUCAUGAAGGCGUGCGAGCACCAGGGUCCAGACCCGAUCCCUGAGGACCAGUGGAGUCUCUACCUGCUGGGGGCGCACAGAUUCCAGAAGCUGGAGAUAACGGAGACGAGCGAGACGUUCUGCUUCGACCAUCAGCCCGACAGCGAGUUCCACUCCACCUUCAUCCACAUGCUGCAGGACAACAUGACUCCUGAGGGCAUAGGUGACACCCGGGAGUGCCACUUCCUCUUUGUGGACACCGUGCAGAGUCUGCUCUGUGCCACCAGACCCUUCAUGUUCUGCUAA